CCUUGUUCGCGACCGGGAAUCCCUGGGUUUGCCACAGGCGAUGGUAUGAUCAUAUCUGAGAGACAUGAUAUGUCCGGCCAUAAACCCUCCGUGCCAGACACAGAAUCUAGCAUUGCCUCCCGUCCCGACAAGGGCCCCUCUCCCUCAUCCUCCCCACAGCCAUCCGCUGCUGUCAUCUCCUCGGAACAACACUCAUGGAGCUUCGCUGCUUCUGGAACGCAGCCAGACGAUAAAUCCGAUUCAGACCCCACCCUCGAUACUAACAAGGUUCAGCUGCCUUCUAUUUUCACCACAUUCCAGGACCCCUUUCGAAGUGAAAUUCGUCGUGCUUCCCUGCCAAGCCUUUCCGCAGACUCGUCUACAAAUACCCGCUACAGACAUUCUCCAUAUCCCCUCCCUAGCGCUCGUAGACCCCACAUACCUAUUAAUCAAUCUAAUCUAGGGUCCUAUCACUUCCCGUCCCCAUUGGAUACCCAGGACGCCGCUAGCGAUAAGUCGUCCGUCCGUCCCAGACUCGACACUCAUCUCAACACCGCUUACUGCUCCACCGCAUCCAGCUCCCAAAUCCCCCCGUCUGCCUUUGGCUCCCCACUCACCUCAGAUCUCCGCCCCGUCUCUUACAUCGAAGGCGACGGUUGGGCCAACUCCCCGCACGGUAUCUCACGUCCUAACUCUACUCCGGGCCAGCAACCUAUGAGUGGCCACGAUACCAUGCGCCACUCGACCUUCAAAGCAUACCUCACAUCAUCUGCGCCCAAGUCAGACGAGUGGUCUUUCCCUAACCAUCAAGAUUUCGUAUUGCCCCCCAAUCCUUACAAUACUACGUCUAGCUCACUUUCCAACACUCAGCAGCCUCCUGCCGCAGGGAAUGCCACAUCCACCCAACCGUCGACCUCGUCGCCAACACGUUCUCCCCAGCAAGCCCCCGCUCCCUCGACACUCGUCGACCGACCCACGAGGAAGCGAGGCAAAUUGCCCAAAGAGACAACUGACUAUCUGAAAGCCUGGUUGCAUCGUCAUUCAGACCAUCCGUAUCCAAGCGAGGAAGAGAAGAAACAGCUUUGUCAUGCCACGGGUCUUAGUAUGAGCCAAGUCUCGAAUUGGAUGAUUAAUGUGCGUCGUCUCGUCCUUGCCUGACACCAGCCCGCAGGAUCUGAUCCAAUCUACACAGGCUCGGCGUCGUAUCCUUGCCCCUGCGCACAAAGCCGCGCAAGGUCCGACAACUUCUGCACCCUACCCGCCCCAAGGACGGACGGUACCUCCUAGCUCGGCGCUAGAGCCGCUCGCCAGGAGGGCCUCUAUGCCAGCAGACAGCCUCCAACUAUACCAUCCGAUGUCUUUGCAGGCCAUCGGCGGGGGCGUAGGUGGACCUUCACUCAACGCGCCAGAUUACGUGGGA